ACAACUAAAUUUAAAUAACACGCGUUCACAAUCGAUAUUAAUUUUACUUUAAUUUUGACUCGAAUGAGAUGGAUACGGAUUUUUUAAAAACAAAUCGCGACCAAGUGCGAAAAUUAUGGGGUAAAUCUAAAGAAGAAGUUUACAAAGAUAUUAAAAUCGUACGAGAAUGGGUGGAAACUCAAAAACAUCUCCCAGAAAUUCCGAAUGACUAUAUGAUAGAAUUUAUUUUGGUCAAUUGCAAGUUUAGUAUAGAAAAAACUAAACAGCACAUAGAUAUGUAUUAUACGUCACGUGAUCUUGUACCAGAAGUUUAUCGUAACCUACACCCAUGUUCGGAUAAAAUGAUAUUGGUAGAUAAUACAGCAUUUAUUGUUCUUAUACCCGAAUUGACACCAACAUUCUUCAGAAUAUUUGUGACAAAGACUAAAGAUGGGGAUGUUAACGAAAUGGACGUAGUUAAAGCGUUUGCGAGCGGUUUGAAUCAUAUACAAGAAAUAAGGUUGCAUGAGGAUUUAGUGAUGGGCGAUGUAUAUAUUUUCGAUUAUUCAAACGUCAAAUUAUCUCUUUCUAGACAAAUAACUCCGACUUUAUUGAAAAAAUGGACCUUCGUCGUUCAGCAAGUUCAAAGUAACCGAAUAAAACAGGCACAUUUCCUGAAACUUCCGUCAUAUUUGGAAGGUUUAAUGACAAUUUUCAAAAGCUUGUUAAGCAAAAAACUGAGAGAUAGGAUUUAUCACCACCAGAAUAUUGAAAGUUUGACCAAAUACGUUUCUUUGGACUUACUACCAAGCGACUAUGGCGGCAAACAGAAAUCUUUCGAGGAAUUGACAGAGAUGAUGAAAGCAAAGUAUUUCCAGUACAAAGAUAGAUUCGAUAAAUUAGAAACGAUGAAAGUAAACGAAGCGCUCAGAACAGAAAAACUUGACAACGAUGAGCUGUUAGGUUAUUACGGCAAUUUCAAACAACUAGAAACAGAUUAAAUAUAAAGCAAAAAACUGAGAUUUUUCAAUAAAUUCCAAAUAAACCAUAAACAAAA